AUGGCUUCUUGCCCUUGCUCUUUGUGCUCGUGCAAAAGCCUGAUCCAGUUCCCACAGCCUGCUGGCGAUGGGCUGGAUGAGGCCACGCACCGGCGAAUGCAGGAGCGUCAGGAGCUGCUGGAACAUGAGAUGACUCGGCUGCUGCAGGAGCUGGACCGCAGGACAAGGAGCCGUGAAGCCAGCAGCAGCGGCAAGGACUUGAGCUCCUGCAAGACCUUGCGGAAAGAGAGAGGAGAAGAACAGGAAGAAGACAGCUUUUAUUCAAAGGAAGGCGGAGAAGACAUGGAGGUGACUGUGGAGGCGGAUGAGAGUGGCAGUGGAAAUGACAGAGAAGGCAUUCCUGUAUCUGCCCAUGAUGGAGACGACGGUGAUGAUGUGAAGAGAGAGGAAGACAGUGUUGCUGAGAGUGCCAAGGGCUAUUCCUUAAAGAAGAUGAAGGAUGGAGUGAUAGGAAUGUGCCAGGAGACAACACUGCUAAAGCAAAGGAGGAAGUCUGGUGGAGCAAGACAAGGACACUGGAAAGGAAGAAGAAGAUGUGGAAAUGAAGAAGGAAAAAGCCAGUACGAAUAUGAAGGCAGGCAACAUGAGGAUGUAAACGAUGGUGAGGACUUUGUAGAUGGGAAGGAGGACUAUGUGGAUGUGAAGGUGCAGGAAAGCAGUGAUGCAGAGGAGAGAAGCAGUGAUUGGACUGGGCAGGAAGAGAGCAAUGACGGUGGGAAUGAAGUAGACCAUCGAGGUUUUGCUGCAGCUGAGGAAGAAAAGAAGGAUGAUAAAGUAGAUGACAAUGAUAGGAACAAGGAUGACGAAGAGGGUGGUGUAAAUGUGGAGGCAAACAAGAAUGAGGCUAGAAAAGAAGACGAAGGAGGUAAUGUGGCUGCCAGAGAAAAAGGCGGCAGUGAUGGUGGCAAAGAAGAAAAUGGAAGAGAAGACCGAGAAGACCGAGAUGCUGGGAGUAAGGGAGGCAUCCUUUUAGUGGAUCACAUACAGUGGCCUGCGGAGGAUCUGGAGAGAGGUUGCUCACUGACAGCUGAGCUGAUGGAGAGCUUCAGGCGUGUCUUUGUGGACAGAGUGAGCAAUAGUUUCUACCCAGUGCCUGAAGAAGCCAUCGGGGUGGGCAGUGCCUUUGAGGGUUGGAGUCCCCGUGACUGGGAUGGGGUGUACCGCGUGCUGGUCCCGAAUCCCCCCGGGCACGCCUUCCACCUAGAGCUGAACAGCGCAGGGCAGACGGCCGCCAGGACCUUCAGUGUCCGUGUGGAGUUGGUGUGCACGUGCAAGAGGGAGCAGCUGGGUGAGAAGCCGCUGUGCUUCCUGCACCGCUCGAAGAAGAAGCUGCGGCGGAAGCGUAAGCGCAGCCUCCUAGAGACACUCUGCACCGGCUCCUACCUGGACGUGGAGAAAACCUCCCUCUGGUUCUACCAGUUGGUGAGAUGCUCCUGGCGGCAUGUGCCUGAGUCAGACUCAUGGCACUUGGUGUUUCAGCCCUGCAGCCGUUCCUGCCAAUUCCAGCUGAGCAAAGGCAGGAAGAGUGUGGCAGUGGAGAUGCUCUUUGGGGUACGCCAAGGGGACUCGGAUAUCUUUGUGGCCAGCCAGCCCACAGAGGCCCAGAAAGGCGGCUCCAGCAGCUUUGUGAGCAGCCAGCCCGCCGAGGCCAACUUCAUUGCAAGCACAGCGUGGCCGGAGACGUACGCUGUGGCGGAGGCAAAAUUCUUCCGGCACGUCACCAGGCAGGUGCCGUGUAAGAGCUUGCACCUGAAAUGCCUGCAGGUCUUCACCUGCAUCCUGAGGGCCACAGGUUUUUCCAGCUCCAUCUGGAAGACUGUGGUCAUGCACGUGCUGACCACCGUACCGCUGUCCCGGUGGCGCAGGAGGGAAUUUGCGCGGCGGCUGUGGGACAUCAUGGCAUACCUGCGCCGCUGCCUGCAGUCGAAACGCCUGGAGCACUUUGUGCUAGGCAACGAGAGGCUUCCUGCAGAGAUCAGCUUGCCACUGGCAGUGCAAAGGCUGGAGCCGCUCAACCUCUUUGAGCACCUGGCCCGAGAUCCGGCUGCCCACAGAGAGGCCAUGCGAGCCUAUGGUCAGCUGCGGUUUCGCCUCUGGGCGCUGCUCUCCAGCCACUGA